AUGGGCCUCGCCAACGUCUCCAACUGGCUCAAGAACUGGGUGCCCUGGUGCUGGAACCAACCCAAGAUUCCGACGCUUCAGGAGCGGGCGUCCAGUGCCCUCCAGGACGGCGUCAACAAGGUCGGCAAUGAGAUCAGCAACAUCUUCGGCGGUGCGGCGAAGAACGCCACCACCACUACGGUGACGGCAAUGGCCGCCAAUGGAACCGCCGGUACGGUCUGCGACGAGUUCACCGGCUACACGGCCGUCUACCGACUGAUGUUCGCCACCACCGUCUUCUUCGCCGUCCUCGGCGUGUUGAUGAUCAAGGUGAAGAGCACGCGCGAUCCGAGGGUGCCACUCCAUCGAGGACUCUUUGGCAUCAAGUUCCUCCUGCUGCUGGGCUUGAUUGUGGGCGCCUUCUUCAUUCCUCAGUCAGAUGGAUUCUUCACCACCUGGAAGAUCUUCGGCCUGAGCGGCUCCUUCCUCUUUCUGCUGAUUCAGUUCAUGCUGAUCAUCAUGUUCGCGGACGACUGGGCGAACGACUGGGUGGGCCGGAUGGAGGAGGAGGACAGCAACAGCUACUACUACAGCCUCAUCUGCUGCACCCUCCUCAACUUCUGCCUCGCCCUCACCGGCUUCAUCCUUUUCUACGUCUACUACAGCACCGGCGCCAGCGGCUGCGGCCUGCACAAGUUCUUCAUCAGCGCCAACCUGGUGGUCUGCGUCGCCCUGAGCGUCGUCAGCAUCAUCCCGAAGGUGCAGGAGAGCCAGCCGCGGUCGGGGCUGCUGCAGGCCUCCGUCGUCUCCCUCUACCUCUGCUACCUCACCUGGUCGGCGCUGAACAGCUCCCCGGAGACCGCCUGCAAGCCCGCCUUCCUCGCCCACCGCAGCACCUCCCUGGACACGCAGUCCUUCCUCUCGCUGGUCAUCUGCUUCGCCGCCGUCCUCUACUCCUCCAUCCGACUCAGCUCGAAGAGUCAAUUUGAGAAGAUCACCGGCGUCAGCAGUCUCGGCAAUGACGACGCCAGCGGUGGCGGCGGCGGUGCUGACGGCGACGACGACGAGGACACCUCCAACUGGAGCUACUUCUACUUCAUCUUUGCCCUGGGCACGCUCUACCUCAUGAUGACGCUCACCAACUGGUACAGUCCGACCGAGUCGCAGCAGACCUUCGGGCAGAGCAGCAGCUCGCUGUGGAUCAAGAUGAGCUCCAGCUGGAUCUGCGCCUUCCUCUACCUCUGGACCCUGGUGGCGCCCAUCCUCCUCGGCCAGUGGCGAGACUUCUCCUAA